AUUUCUUAACUUGUGGUCAACUCAGAAAGAAGAAGCUCCUGCUGGGGGAGUACUGGGGACGGUGCCUGCGAGGAGAAGUGUCCGCUGCUCAAGAGGAUCCUUCAUCCGUGUUCCCACUCCACACUGGGGACGCCACACUCCCUGGGGACAUGGGUCCUGCUCUCCUGCUGCUCACCGCAGCUGGCAUCUGGCACGGCUCAGCAUCCCCAGUGAUCAGUCCUGACCUCCCUGCUCUGGUUGUCAACACGGGUGAUCCAGUCACCUUGCACUGCUCAGGAGAGUCCAAAGUUGAAUGGAAAAGCCGAAAGGAUACGUUCAGCAACCACACCAGCAGCACACUCAGUAUUCCCAAGGCCACUUACAGGGAUACGGGCACCUAUAAGUGUGCUUAUCUCAACAGCAGUGACAAGGGCAUUGCAACCGUGCAUCUGUUUGUGCGAGAUCCAAAUAAUGUGUGGUACGUCCCAACCUUCAGGACCUUUGUGACCCAAGGUGGUAAUGCUGAGCUCCCUUGUCUCAUCACGGCGCCUGAGUACGGAUCCAGCGUGACACUGAUAAUGGAUGGCGCCUCUCGUCUCUCACCCGGGACAAACUAUUCUUUCAGUACUGAGAAAGGAAUAACACUAUACAAUGUGCAAAGCAAGCAGAAGGGCUAUUACCGAUGCCAAGCAAUGAUAAACGGAAAAACAGAGAAGUCAUCAAGAAUAAGACUGAUUGUGGAAGAAGCAUGGGAGAAGCCUGUGUCGGUCAUGAUGGACCCGAUAGACCAUGUGCGAAUUGUCGGUGAAACUUUCGAAGUCACGUGUAGAGUAAUUGCUCCUUCCCAUAAGUAUGACAUCAGAUGGGUGACAGCAGCAAAGAGCGUCAGGAGAACUAAAAAGCUUAGCUUUGAAAAUGAGAACUAUUUAAUCAGUGACAUCCUGUCUGUUCCGUCGGUGACCAUGGAAGAUACUGGGACGUACACUUGUAUAGCUAACAAUUCAGCAGGAUUCAGGAAUGCCUCCACGAUGCUUCAGGUAGUAGAGAGAGGUUUUGUGUUCCUGACGCCAGUGCCAGCCACCAGCCAGGAGGUCGCUGUUGGGGAGAGUCUGAAGCUGCAGGUCCACAUUGAGGCUUACCCAAAACUUCUCCACUGGGGCUGGGAGCACACGAACCCAUUGAAGAACUCUGGGAGUACCACAUUCAAGGGCCAAAUGAUUUCUGGAAACAACUGGUAUAACAACACGCUCUUCCUGAACCGCCUGCAGGAAGGAGAGGGAGGUCUCUAUACGUUUUAUGCCCUCAACAAUGAGACCAGUGCAUCAGUUACCUUCAGUAUCUCUGUGAAAUCUCCUCCAAGGGUCUGCAAAAUCAAGGUGCCAGCCAAUGACUCCAGCAUCCUUCAGUGCAUGGCCAUCGGCUACCCUGCCCCACGCAUCGAGUGGUACCAGUGCCCCAUCCACUCUGACAGAUACAACGAGGAGUAUAGGCUGCUACUGAAUGACUCCAGUCCCCAGGUGAUGAAUGUAUUGCCCUUCCAAGAGGUGGAGGUGGAGAGCACUGUCCCAUUUCAGGAGCUGGGUGCCAACUUCACCUUCUGCUGCCUGGCCAUUAACCGAGAGGGGAACUCUUCUGACAUGCUUCACUCACUCACCAUCACAAGAAGUAUCAUGGCCCCGCCAAACAAGCUCUUCAGCCCCAUUCUCUCCACCUGCAUAGGCACAUCGGUCCUACUGCUCCUCCUACUCCUCUUCCUCCUCUACAAGUACAACCAGAAACCCAAGUACCAGGUGCGGUGGAAGAUCAUCGAGGCCUGUGAAGGGAAUAACUACAUCUUCAUUGAUCCCACUCAGCUGCCAUACAAUGAAAAAUGGGAGUUUCCCAGGAAUAACCUCCAGUUUGGAAAAACUCUUGGAGCAGGCGCCUUUGGAAAAGUGGUAGAAGCCACUGCUUUUGGGCUGGGCAAAGAAGAUUCGGUCCUCAAAGUGGCUGUGAAGAUGCUAAAGUCAUCGGCAGACACAGAUGAGCAGGAGGCUCUCAUGUCUGAGCUGAAGAUCAUGAGUCACUUGGGACACCACGAGAAUAUUGUGAACCUGCUGGGAGCAUGUACCUAUGGAGGCCCAAUCCUUGUUAUCACUGAGUAUUGUCGCUAUGGAGAUCUGCUGAAUUUCUUGCGGAAGAAGGCUGAAUCCAUAAUUAUUCAGGAUUCUGCCCUGGACACCUCUUUAGAUAGCACUGCUGAUUACAAAAACAUUGACCUAGAGAAGAAAUACAUCCGCAGUGACAGUGGCUUUUCAAGCCAGGGUUUGGAAACAUAUGUUGAAAUGAAGCCUGUGUCAUCAUCAUCAUCUUCAGCAUCAUCAGAUUCUGUGCAAGCCAGGGUGAAAAGCUCAGAAGAAGAACACGAAACCAGGGAGGACCUCCGUCCCCUCAAUCUCUCUGAUCUGCUACAGUUCUCCAGCCAGGUGGCCCAGGGCAUGGCAUUCCUUGCAUCCAAGAACUGCAUCCACCGUGACUUAGCAGCCAGGAACGUGCUCGUAUCAGAUGGACGGGUAGCCAAGAUCUGCGACUUUGGCCUGGCCCGUGAUAUCAUGAACGAUUCAAACUAUGUUGUGAAAGGCAACGCCCGCCUGCCUGUGAAAUGGAUGGCCCCAGAGAGCAUCUUCAACUGCAUCUACACAGUGCAGAGCGACGUAUGGUCUUAUGGCAUCCUGCUCUGGGAGAUCUUCUCCCUUGGUAAAAGUCCAUAUCCUGGCAUGGUGGUGAACAGCAAGUUCUACAGCAUGGUGAAGCAGGGGUACCAGAUGGCCAGGCCCGACUUCGCUCCCUUAGAAAUGUACAGCAUCAUGCAGGCAUGCUGGAGCCUGGAGCCCACACAGAGGCCCACCUUCGAUCAGAUCGGCUGCUUCAUUCAGAAGGAGCUGGAGGUGCAUAAGGAGCAGGACUACACCAACCUCCCCUCCCCUGCCGAGGAAGACAGUGGCUGUGAUACCUCCGGCUGCUGCGAGGAGACCUGCGAGCAAGAGGAGAGUGGCCAGCCCCUUCUCAAGAGCAACAACUAUCAGUUCUGUUAGCUGGUACCAUCGCCCAGGGCGGAUCCCCAUCCUCCUGGCUCUGCAGACCACAGAGUUCUGCUCUGCUCAAGGACACAGGUGCCUCCUGCUUUGGCUCUUCCCUCUGUGCUUUCUGAACUAUGAGUGUUACCAACUCCUUCACUGAAAAGAUAGCGCUGGAGUGACUCAACACCAAGACUCACCAUGGGGUCCUUAAAGUCUUAUCUCAAGCAUAGCAUAGAGCUGUUGGGACUCCCCCUCUGUGAGGUACACAGGUCCUUGUCACCUGCCCACUCACCUCCCGGAGGAUGCUGUGCAGGGGUUUGGUUUUUUGUAGUUUUUUUUUAAAUACAAGUUGCAGCCAAGUAAGACAUUUCCAAAAAUGACUCACGUGCCUUGAACAAAGUCCUGAACCUGCAACUGCUCCACAUGCCAGCAGCAGCCCUCUUUCUUGGUGGUCCCGCUCUAUUCCCUUUGCAGAGUGAAUGUUUAGAUAUAGGUAAAGCCUUCACUUAGCAUUAAAUACGCAUUAACCUUUACAUUUCCUCAUGCAAUCUAUCUCUCUGCAGCUGAUACUUCUGCAGGGAUUGUUUGAGAGAAGACAACCCCAGGGUUAUGUGAACUUGUGCCCCAGUGACAGGACAGAGGGGCAGUUGUUUCUCAGGUAAAAUACAGAUGUAACCAGUGUUCUUCCAUGUGAAUGCUGCACACAAUCCCAAUCCAGGAAAGAAUGGCAGCUCAAACAGAUCUGGAGACGAUCAACGUGACACAUACCCUAUAAACCUUUUGAAUUAUUAAAAAUGUAGCAGUCACUGCCUUUGUCACAAUUAGAGAUAUGCUCUUGUACAUAUUUUCCUGAGUGUAUUUUAAUAGAACAGCUGAGGUAAUUAUUUUUCAUAAGCUAGGGCCUAAUGCCCUUAAACUUAUUUCUCACCUAGCUCUUGGUGAGGGUUACUAAUGCCACAGCCACCUCGUCCUGUGUAGCUACCAGAAGCAGCUAAUGAACCUUCUUGGCUUCACCUGACGGGGUGGGUGAGGGAUCAGUAUUCCAGGUACAAACACUGACAGGACUCAGGCAAACUACAGUGAGACAGAGUGACUGUGGGGCAGGUGGCCUUUGUCACACUGUGAACAAUUACACUGUGGGCCACUUCUGAUUAUAUUAAACCCAGUUUUAUCCUAACACCAAGUGAUUCAUUCCUCCUUACUAAACAAAUUGCUAAUAUAUUUCUAUCUGUCAGCAUUAUAAAGAAUAAAAGUAAGAUGUUUAACAAAACAAGUCUCUUCCAGGGCUUUAAGGACUGUUCUCAGAGGGGAACAGAUCAGAGCAAGGGUGAUGCACUGGCGCAUCCUCACACCUUGCAGCUCUGGUCCAGUUCCUCAGACAUACUUACUACCAGCUCUCAGAAGCAUUCAAUCUUGUAUAAUGAAAAAAAACAUUAAAAGCAAGGUUUUAAAGCA